AUGAUGAAUUCAAGUCGGGAUCGAAAACCAAAUCAUCAUUCUGCCUCUCGCAGUCAUCCUUAUGCUAAGAUAAAUUUGCAGGAGAAGCAAAAUUACAUGGAAAAUUCCGUUUUUCCUCAAUGUAAUUUAACAGAAAAAUAUGAAAAACUUGCCAAAAUUGGACAAGGAACUUUUGGCGAAGUUUUCAAGGCAAGAGAAAAGAGUAACCCCAAAAAAAUUGUGGCUAUGAAGAAGGUUUUAAUGGAUAAUGAGAAACAGGGAUUUCCAAUUACAGCCCUUAGAGAAAUUCGGAUACUGCAGUUAUUGAAACACCAAAAUGUAGUAAACUUGAUCGAAACCUGCAGAACAAAGCCUUCCCAAUACAACAAAUAUCAUUCAACUUUUUAUCUGGUUUUUGAUUUUUGUGAGCAUGAUCUAGCAGGCUUGUUAUCCAAUGUUAAUGUUAAAUUCAGUUUGGGUGAGAUCAAGAAAGUUAUGCAGCAACUUCUGAAUGGACUUUACUUCAUUCAUAAUAACAACAUUUUGCAUAGAGAUAUAAAAUCUUCAAAUAUAUUAAUAACUAACAAUGGAGUUUUGAAACUUGCUGACUUUGGGCUAGCAAGAGCAUUCAGUACCAGAAAAAAUGAAGUACCAAAUAGGUACACAAAUCGGGUUGUUACUUUAUGGUAUCGACCGCCAGAACUUCUUCUUGGAGAGCGAAAUUAUGGUCCACCAGUUGAUUUGUGGGGUGCCGGUUGUAUCAUGGCUGAAAUGUGGACACGUAUUCCAAUAAUGCAAGGAAAUAGUGAGCAGCAUCAGCUUGCUGUGAUAUCCCACCUUUGUGGUUCAAUUACUCCACAAGUAUGGCCUGGAGUGGAAAAUCUGGAGCUGUUCAACAAAAUGAAGUUGCCUCAGAAGCAAAAGAGGAAAGUGACAGAACGUCUCACCUCAUACUUGAAGGAUCCACAUGCCUGUGAUCUACUCGAUAAGCUCUUAGUACUCGAUCCUUCAAAACGUUAUGACGCGGACACGGCCCUCAAUCACGAUUUCUUCUGGACUGAUCCCAUGCCCUGCGAUUUAGGUGAAAUGCUGGCCAACCAAACGCAGAGUAUGUUUGAAUUUUCAGCCCCUGCAAGUCGUGCAACGCAAAUGAAGCAGCAUUCGAUACCUAAGCCAUCUACAUCUACUAUUCAAGACAGUGGAUAUCAGGAUAGAGUUUUCUAGUAGAAAGUUGGUGUUAUGUUAUGUGACGUUGUAAAAUUGUAUGGGGAAAGACUGGACUGUUAGUUGCAUUUUUCGGAGGUUAUCCAAAAUGUAAUCCUACUUAGUUGUAUUCCAUUAUCGAAAAUCCCAUUGAAUGAAUGUGAAAAUGAAACCAAUAUGAGCAAAGAAGCAGUGCAAUUUUUUCUUGAAAUUGAUUGGGCAAAAAUUUGAAACUCAUGACACGGCUGUGAAGUACCCUUUUAUUGGG